UUAAGCAUAAGAUCAUUUCUUCAAGUUUCGACGUAAAUGUAACUGCCUUUUUUGAUAGCUGACUAAAAUGGCAGUGUUUUCAAUUAAGAUGGAAUAUUUAGAGAUGCAAUACCCUACUUCGCUUAUCUAUAAGGUGAGAAACAGAUAAGCACAGAAACUGUGAACAUUCUUGUCAAACAAGCUUAAAAGUGUCAUUCGCACCUGAUAAGAUCAAAACCACGCCUCCUUUGUUUUCAAACAGUUUGUUAAUUUUCUCAACCAAUGAGAUUUUCUGGAGAUGUGAUGACAUUGUAGUAACCUAUGGGAAGAAUUUUCUAAUCAAGAACACGUAUACUGUAUUAAAAAAAAGAGCGAAAUAUAAUGAUCAAAUGGUUAAUUUAAGUUUAUUACGGAAUUUGAAUGACACUUUUAUGUGCACUGGCUUCGUUUUAUGAAGAUUAAGAAAGGAUUUCUUGAAGGAUUUUUGCUAAGUUUUAAUGAGUAGCAUUACGGAUAAUUAAUUUCUGGCAACUUAAUGGCAUUGGAAACGAACGAAACAACGAUGCGGCUUUCAGAUGUCGAAAUGAACAGUAUGGAGGUUUGCAAGGCUUCUAAACAAAGAAAAUCUUCUACUAUAAAAGGCUUGCUAGAAAAAAAAAAGCAAGUUGGCCACACCAUUAAAUGGCUAAAAGACAAUUAUUGUCCUUGUCCCGAUGUUUGCCUGCCGAGAGAAAUAGUUUAUGACCAUUACUUGGAAUACUGCAAAGGCAAAAACAUUGUACCGACCUGCAAAGCAACAUUCGGCAAACUCAUACGCAACACUUUCCCAGAUGUCACCUCCAAACGAUUAGGAGCUCGUGGCCAUUCAAAAUACCAUUACAAUGGUAUUGGAAUAAAACUAAACAGUGAUUACAGCGUUAUGUCCCAAGGAACUAAAGGUCUAACUCGAUUUUCAGGCAGCUCGAAAAUCGAA